CUCUCCCGCCAACCUCGCUCUUCCUCACACCAGUCUCUCUUCUCCCCUAAAAAAACCAACCUUUUUUCUCCUUCUCUCUCUGCAAGAACCAGUGAAAAAGGUUUUUUAGUAUGCAUCAAGGUUAGCUAUCCUUUUUAGAUUAUAAAAGGAUUUGUUAUUGUGAGGUAAAGGUAUCGUUUUUUUAUGUCCAUCAAGUUAGUUGCAUUUUGUAAGAUGUUUCGCCUUUUAAGGAUGUUUGAGGAUGGGGUUUUUAUGAUUAUGAUGAUUAUGAAAGAUUGGUAACAAAAGGCUAGCUUUUUCUAUCGGUUUUGAGUGGUUAAAUUUGUGGGAUUGUUAAAGAUGUCAAGGAAUUCAGAUGCAACGAGGAAAACCCCACCUGGGAUUUUACUUAUUAGAAGUAUUAGAGGUAAGGAUUGGAGCCUAAAAUCAUAUAGAUACAUGGUUUUGUUGAUUACCUUCAUAGCAUAUGCUAGUUAUCAUGCAUCUAGGAAACCUAGUAGCAUAGUUAAGAGUGUUUUGUAUCCUGACCCCAUUAAAGUUUCUGAGGGGAAGCCUUGGCCUGUUGGAAAUGUCUUCAUCAAGGAAGAAUUUGUGAGUUCUGAUAGAAACAGGGUGAAACACAAGGGUUGGUAUCCUUUUAAUGGAACUGAUGGUACAUCAAAAUUGGGUGAAAUUGAUGUUGCUUUUCUGGCUUGUUACUCUUUAGGAAUGUAUGUUGCAGGGCAUUUAGGUGAUACUUUGGAUCUUAGGCUGUUCUUGACAACUGGGAUGAUUGGGAGUGGCAUUUUUGUGGCGCUGUUUGGGAUGGGAUACUUUUGGAAUGUUCAUAUCUUUGGGUUUUACCUUGUGAUGCAAAUGGUUGCUGGGUUGUUUCAAGCAACUGGGUGGCCUUCAGUUGUGGCUGUAAUUGGAAAUUGGUUUGGGAAAAGGAAGAGGGGUUUGAUUAUGGGUGUUUGGAAUGCGCAUACUUCAGUUGGGAAUAUUAGCGGAUCUCUUCUUGCUGCUGCUGUUUUGGACUAUGGCUGGGGAUGGUCUUUUAUUGUCCCAGGAGCAUUAAUUGCUUCAGCAGGGGUACUAGUUUAUUUGUUCCUACCUGCUUAUCCGGAGGAUAUCGGUUUUGCUGGUGCAAAUGCUUCAACUCCGAAACUAGGUUCCGUGCCGCAUAAUGAGAUGGCUCAGGUUCAAAAGGGCAAUGCAGUCGAUGUAGAAAAAAGUUCUAGUCUCAAACAGGGGUCAGGGAGCAGGAAAGGUGUUGGACUCUUUGAAGCUUGUUUGAUACCAGGGGUGAUUCCUUUUGCACUAUGCCUCCUCUUCUCAAAGCUCGUGGCCUACACAUUUUUAUACUGGUUACCAUUUUAUCUGAGUCAGACAGAAAUUGGUGGGGAGUAUGUAUCUGUGAAGUCUGCUGGAAAUCUCUCUACCUUGUUUGAUGUAGGGGGUAUUGUUGGUGGGAUCCUUGCUGGAUACAUAUCUGAUAAACUUAAUGCCCGGGCUACUACAGCAGCCAGCUUCAUGUCUGCUGCAAUUCCUUCCAUGCUCUUAUACCGCACAUAUGGAAAUAUUUCUCGUACCGUAAACAUUUUGCUUAUGAUGAUUGCUGGCUUGUUUGUAAAUGGGCCAUAUGCACUUAUCACAACUGCAGUUUCUGCAGACCUUGGUACACACAGUUCUCUCAGAGGGGAUUCUCGGGCAUUGGCAACAGUGACUGCCAUAAUUGAUGGCACUGGAUCAGUUGGCGCUGCACUUGGCCCUCUACUCACUGGGUUUCUCUCGACAAAGGGAUGGGAUGCAGUUUUUGUAAUGUUAAUGGUUGGUGCUCUUAUUGCAGCACUUCUUUUAUCACGUUUGGUCAUAGAAGAAAUUACUGAGAAAACUCAGAAACCAAUUCCAUUAUGCCAUGGACAGCAAGCUUUUGAAGCUACAGGAUCCCAACCUCUUUUAAGCAAUCAAAGGUGAUAACCAGGUACGGUGUGAAGGAGGUAUAAUAAUUAAGGAAGUUCAGAACACAUACUAGAGAUAGAUAGAAGUGCUAAAAAUAAUUGUCUGAGUUGACAGACAUGAAGCAUAUGUAUUUUGCUAAAUUUUGAUGGCAACGGCUGCAGCUUAUCUCCAGCUAGUCUGAUUUUUGUAAUAUAUUGACACUGAUAGCAACAUGUAACAUUAGUUUGAUUUA